AUGGCAAGUCCUCAACUACCCAUGGCGCCCUCUGCAUCUCCCACGAUAUACUUUGGUUACGGGUCAAAUCUCUGGCUUCACCAAAUGACGACACGCUGCCCAACAUCGACCUACCUUGGAGUCGCCCGCCUACCAAACUACCAGUGGAUAAUAAACGACCGCGGUUACGCGAACGUUGUCGAGGUGACCGAUAGUAACAGCACAUCCAUGUCUCCUUACGACGAUGUAGUCUUUGGUCUCGUCUAUUCACUUGAAGCAGAAGAUGAAAAGAGACUAGACAAGAACGAAGGCGUGCCCGUGGCUUACACAAAAGAGAUGCUACAAUGCGAGUUCUGGCCUUCUGAUACAGAGCACAAAGUGGAUACUAGCAAAGAUCCGGAAAAGAGGGAGGGCAUGCUAGUUUACAUUGAUAGAAACCGUGUCCAGCCGGAUAAGCCGCGAGAAGAGUACAUCUACAGGAUGAACCAAGGGAUCACAGAUGCUGUGAAGCUAGGUGUGCCAGAAGACUAUGUGAGGGAUGUCAUGAGGGAGUAUAUUCCGGCUCAAGAAGAUGACGAUGGAAAAGAAGGUGAAAGGGAGAGGAUGGCGGAGUUUGCUAGAGGGCAAGCGGCAGAAUUCAGGGAUGAGAGUGGAGUAUUUCAAUGA